CAUUGUUUACAUAAAAGGGGGCGACUACGCAUGAAUUAUCGUCCCGGAAAAGCGCAGCUGUGCUUAUAUCGCCAUGUAUUUCGCUCAGAUCGUCGAUGCUUGGUGACAUCGAAUGAAGGAUUUCAACAUCACUCUUAAUCACAAGUUUCUAAUCUCCGAAAGGCGCUUGUAGAUAAACCAUAUCACAAUAGUAAGGAAGUAUGGCAGGAAAAAGAGAAAAUUUAGAACGGGACAUCCUUCAGGAUGGAAAGAAAGCCGCAUCCGUGACGAAUAACAUCGGUGAAUCAACGCAGAGAGACUUGAAAAGCAGUGCAAAUAUCCACACAGACAAGAACGAAGCCCGCUUAACGGCUCCGCGGAAUUUAAAGGACGGAGAAGUCAGCAAUUUGAAUUCCACCGCACAGCUUUCUUCCAAUGGAUCCCAAAGGAAUAUAAUCGACAACUUCCAGCAACCGCGCCAAUCCUCUCCAAAUCAAGGUGUCAGCGGGGAAAAUUCACAGGCGCGUCAAAUACAGGGGUCAGUACCGAGGGAUCACAAUCAGAAUGGCCCUGAAACACUAGCAUCGCAGGAACUCAUCGGAGUAAUACCCCCAAGGGACAUAGAGCCCCGACCACCGGACGGUGAACAUGGUGAAGCGGACGGGGCAGCUAACUAUCGGCGAAUGGCUGUAUGCCAAGAAACCGACGACGCGCAAUUCCAGAGAAGAAAAAUGCGCGUGUACAUGAAACGGUUUUAAGGUUGGAGAAAUGCAGUCAGGGGGAUUGAGACAUGCUAAAAGCUUUGAACACCACUUCCUUUUGCAAGACUUAUUUGGACACAAACGGGGAAUUAUCAAGUAGUAAAGAGCUCUAACGUAUUUAUGUAACACCAUCCAAUGGAUAACUUACACUCACAUUGUUUUAAAGGUCAACAUAUGCAUGCUACUUGAAUGUAGAGGUUCCAAUUAAGUGACCUUAGUUUGCGGCCAGUUAGUAAAUUCCACUCAAAUGGAACCUUUAAACCCAAGGUCUAACUACAACGUUAAGAUUUUAGAAACAUCACGACAGGCCAGUCUUUCCCUCGAGUUCCUUUUGCAAAAUUAAUGUAAGCUGGAUACAAAUAACUCAUGAUAAUGAAAUAUCUUACACUGCCUGAAUUGGUUACCUGUGAUCAUCCAGGUCUAGAGUAAAGACCAAAUCAUUCUGCACUGAUAAAAUGACUUUGACGCACUUCUUCGAAAAUAACACGAAUGAAACUAUGUGCAAACUCAAACAUAAUGUUAGAAUCGCCACAUGCUAGAUAUUCGGGUGACGGUGAAAUUUGCACCGUAUUGGAGGGAUUAUGAAUAUUCAGACAUUCGUUGACUACCAAGUAAAAUAAAGUUGAUGUUAAUUUGC